GGUUGAAGUGCUUGACAAAUUUGGUUUGAGCAGUAUGUUUGCCAGGUGGUCUUUCCUAGAAUAGAUGUCGACACUUAGCGCAGACAAUACGGAUACCAUGGUGCUCCAUUCCGGUCGGUUAAUGGCCUGCCAUGAUUGUGUGUGAGUUAACCCCAACAAGAAAUGCGAUCUAGUUGGAAGACGAUUGGAAAUAAUAAUAAUAAUAAUAAUGGAAUGGAAUGCUGUGGUGCAUAUUUAAACUCCAAUUAUGAAUGCAGUCUUCAAGAAACGAGUAUUAUUGUCAGGAGGAGGCCCUGACGGUGGAGAAGGAGAACGUCGAGGAGAGGAGGCCCCGACGGUGGAGGCGGAGGUGGCGGUGGAGGAGGAGGAGGAGGAGGAGGAGGAGGACGAAGAGGAAGAGGGCGAGGAGGAGGAGGAGGAGGAGGAGGACGAAGAGGAAGAGGGUGAGGAGGAGGAGGAGGAGGAGGAGGAGGAGGAGGCCCUUGCGAUGGAGAAGGAGGACAGCCCGACGAUGGAGAAGGGUUCGACGAUGGAGAAGGAGGAGGAGGUGGAAGAUGGAGAAGAUGAGGGUGUGGAGGAGAAGGACGAAGUAGGGGUCGAGGAGGAGGCCAUGACGAUGGAGGAGGAGGGAGAUAAAUUAGAGGAGGAAGAAGAAGAAGAAGGGGAGGAGGAGGAGGAGGUGGAGGAGGAGGAUGACGACGAGGAGGAGGACGACAACGACGAGAACUGGGAAGGGGAUGAGAAAAAAACGGAGGAGGAAGAAGAGGAGGACGCCCUGACAAUGGAGGAGGAGGAGGAGGUGGAGGAGAAGAAGGCCACGGCGAAGCGAAGUCUACAUUAGUUUAUUUUUGCAUAUCUUUUUAUUUGUUUAGGCAUCACCAAACAAUUUAAUAUUUUCUACUCCAAAAUAAAAUUUGUCUUCAAUU